UCGGUUGGCUACGGGUGAAGGCAGUUUCAGCCGUUGGAUCUGUGAGUGGUGUGUGCACAGCUCUCCGGCUCCGUGUGCAGGACGUGGUAUGUUUGUUAUCGGGAUGAUCCCUGAAGAAAACUAUGGCAUGAUGGAUACAUUUUGUAGCACACCGAGGACUGCAAGGAAACAGCAAGACAAGAGAAGUCAUGAGAGGCCAGGCCUUCUUGCAGAGCCCACUACUCCGAUCCAGAGCCAGCCAUUUAUGUCUCGUUACACUAUAGCCCCAGGCCAUGAGCUGGGCAGGGGGAAGUUUGCUGUUGUGCGAAAAUGUAUUGAAAAAGAAACCGAGAAGGAGUACGCCGCAAAGAUUAUGAGAAAACGGCGGAAGGGCCAAGAUUGCCGCAUGGAAAUCCUUCAUGAGAUUGCAGUACUGGAACUUGCACUUGGGAACCCUUGGGUCAUCAAACUGCAUGAAGUCUAUGAAACAGCCACUGAAAUGAUCCUGGUCUUAGAAUAUGCUGCUGGGGGUGAAAUCUUCAACCAGUGUGUAGCAGAAAGAGAAGAGGCCUUCAAAGAGAAGGAUGUCCAGAGGCUUAUGAGGCAGAUCUUAAAGGGAGUUUCAUUUUUGCACAGGCACAAUGUGGUGCAUCUUGACCUCAAGCCACAAAACAUUCUGUUGACCAGUGACAGUCCUCUAGGAGACAUAAAAAUAGUGGAUUUUGGGCUGUCCAGAGUAGUGAAUAACAACGAGGAACUGAGAGAAAUUAUGGGGACACCAGAAUAUGUUGCCCCUGAAAUCCUGAGUUAUGAACCAAUCUUCACAGCUACUGAUAUGUGGAGUAUUGGGGUACUGGCUUAUGUCAUGCUCACGGGCACCUCUCCUUUCCUGGGAGACGACAAGCAGCACACAUUCUUAAACAUUUCCCAGCUGAAUGUCAGUUACACAGACGGGGACUUUGAAGGGAUAUCGGAGCUGGCUAUUGAUUUUAUCAAAGCACUUUUAGUGAAGGAGCCAGAAGGUCGGGCAAGUGCAGAGGAAUGUCUCCAGCAUCCAUGGCUAGCUGAAGGUGAUCUCCCGGAUCCUUAUGCUAGUGCUAUGAAUUCUGUACAGGACAGCAGCCAAGCAGUACAAUCGGAGGAGGAGGAGCUGAAAGCGGAAAGUUCCCUGGAAACCAGUCCAGGUCAGGAAGACUCGGAAGAACAGACUGUGACCGAGGAGUUGAUAUUAAUGGCUUCUUACACAUUGGGACAGUGCAGACAGACUGAAAUAGAAAAACAAUCUGAAUCUAAAGCCAUUACGAAGAGAUUUAAGUUUGAAGAGCCAAUGUUGCAAGAGAUCCCUGGAGAUUUUAUCUACUGAGCUCUGGCACUUGGAACUGUGACUUCUAGAGCUCGGAAGUGUUUUCUUCUUAGUUAUUGAGCUUCUUGAUUGACCAGAAGUUUAAGUCAGCCUGCUGACUACUGGUUACCAUGGCAAGACGAAUUUGAUUCAACAGGGCCAUGUUCAAUCUCAGAUUAAGCAAGAUCUGUCUAUUUUGAGUAUUUUUUUUUUAUUUUAUUUUUUCUGGUUUGUGCCUAAACACCACCAUAUUCUCCAAUACACGGAUUCCUUGACAUGGCAGCAUAUCGGCUCCUGCGGUCCAUUCUAAGAUGUGGUUAGAGCAAUACUGGAAAAGACUUUUUUUUUUUUUUUUUCUACAAACAUUUUUGUUGGAAUAAAUAUAUUUUAAUAAAAAGAAAGUAAAUGUAAAAUUGAAAAAGCUUUGGGCAGUAUGUGCCUGCAACCUGAAGCUUGUAAGAAAGGUCUUAAGUAGCUUAUCAGCUAAUUUGCAUACAUAUAGAUGAACGUAUGGUACUUC